GGAUUUGUAGCAAUACGGGCGGGAAAAAAGUACCGUAACUUUCGCUUCCCUAAAGAUUAAGUUACUGCUUAAAAACCAGAGAUUUUCUUACAACUUUUCUCACAGAUUUCACAGCUUUCUUUCGCCCGUGAGUUCGCCAUGUCUCUCCCAAGGCAGCUGAGAGAGGAGAGUGAUUUUGAGCAGCUGCCGGACAAUGUUCCAGUCAGCGCCACCAUCGCAGAUAUUGAGGAGAAGAGGGGCUUCAUGGUUUAUUUCUGCUUUGUGAUUGAGGUGAAGACCAAAGGAAGCAGUAAAUAUCUGAUUUACCGCAGAUAUAGCGAGUUCUUCUCUCUGCAUCAGAGCCUGGAGCAAAAGUUCUCCCCUGAAACUCAGCCAGGACCCUACACCUGCCUCCUUCCCACUCUGCCUGGGAAAGUCUUUAUGGGCAACAAGCAGGAAAUAGCAGAGAACAGAAUCCCUGAACUCAACACGUAUAUGAAGAAGUUGCUUUGUUUGCCUACCUGGGUGCUGCUGGACGAUUUAAUUCGGAUGUUUUUCUACCAAACUGAAUCGGACAGUCAGCAAGUGCCCAAAGCAUUGCGGCGCCUCCGGCCCCCCACGCGAAGAGUCAAGACGGAGAAACCCAAAACGGACCUUCUCUCGUCCCCCAGAGCAGAGGCGGUGUUUGACUUCAGCGGGAGCGGGAAACUGGAGUUGAGUCUGAAGGCUGGAGAUGUGAUCUUCCUCCUGCGGAGAGUGAACGCAGACUGGCUUGAGGGUACUGUUAAAGAGCGAAUAGGCAUUUUCCCAGAGUCGUUCGUGAAAAUUAUUAAACCUCUUCCCGAGAGUGACUCAGAUGAAGAAGGUCGAGGAUCCAAAAGAAAAGAUGGAGCUCAGAGCUCCUACAGCUGCCUGCACUGCUAUCUGCUGGAGCCGGACGGCGUUACCACCAGGGAUGUGUGUGUGGAAGAAGACCUCUCUAUCCAGCCAUCGUAUUUUGAUCUUCUUGCACGGAUGAGGGACGUUUUCCAGGUUGAGGACAUUGCGCUGAACUACCGGGACCCUGAAGGAGAUCUGGUGCGGAUCCUGGAUGAUGAGGACGUGGCUCUGAUGAUCAGGGAGGGCAAAAGUGGAUCAACAGUCAAGAGACCUUUCAAUCAGUUUCCAUGGGAACUUCACGUCACCCAUUCCAGUGAUCUGUCCGUUUACAACACAGAGUACUGAAGUGUGUGUUUUUGUCUGUGUGUGUGUUUUUGUCUGUGUGUGUGUGUGUGUGUGUGUGUGUUUUGUCUGUGUGUGUUUGUCUAAGCAAGUGCAAGCCCUGAAAUGGUCACAUUCCAUUUGAAUUUUGUUCUUAGAAGGUGUUUUUGGGCGUUUUCACACCAGCAAUAUAUGUUUUCAGUUAAAACAGAUGAUUCGUUUGUAUCCUUAGUGCUGUUUGAUUCUAUCAAUUAUACUCCUUUUAUUUGAGCUAAACUGCUGAAAAGGCGCAGUGUAAUCUGUUAUAUUAGUAGCCAGAUAAUGCUAAAUACCACAUCUAUGAACAAUCAUUGUAUCUGCUGCUCCAUGCUGUUCACACGCACGGUCAGUGUUGCGCUCACUGCUCACAGUCACGCGGACAUCUGAGCUGCAGGUCCUAUUAAAACAGUGUACAUUUUCAGCGUUCAGUGUUAAAUCAGCUUCACACUGCACAUAUAUACGCACUGGAACACAAAAUCUUAUUUAUUGGUGCGCAUUUUGCUGCGCUUACGUUUAUGUGUGAAACCAAAUCAAACAGAGGGAGAAACGCUCCAUCAACUGAUCCGUAUCAUAGAAACAAAAUAUAGGUGUGAAAACACCAUGAAAGUAACUUUUUAUUUUUUUAUUUUUUUAACUUUAAAUUUACUUGAAAUUACUUGUAGAUCUAAGGCUAUAUUAAAACUUGCUGUAUAAAUGGCAUGUUAUUCAGCCAUGUUUAAAGCGUUUUAUUUUACUUUGACACACUCCUGACACUUGUCUUGUGGCUGCAUUCAUCCAUUUCAUUAAAAACACGCGUUUGCGACACAAGCCUUAUUUUAUUGUAAAUAUAAAUGAGGUCAGUUACCUCACCUCUUACCUCACCGCCACACACGACCAAACUACACAUUUAUUUAUGCAACAGUGGAAAAGAGGUAAAAUUAAUGAAAACCUUCGGUAUUGAGCCUUAGGUCAAAUAUUUCAUUUUGUUCCGUUUCAGCCCAAAAAUUUAAUUUCAGUUCAUGCCUAAUUUAUAAUAAUGGGAUUAGGAGCCUAAAAUUUUUUUUUUAUCUGUACUGUAUGCAACAUUGCAUUUUAACUUCUCAUAUUUUUCCGUAAACAAUAAAAUACCAUCUCUUUAGUUAUACAUAAAGACAUAAAUAUGUAUUUCUGAGAUAAAAUUAUGUUACCUUACAAAAUAUGCAAACAGUGGAGAAAACAGAGUGUGUGUGUGUGUGUUGUUUUUGAAUCUGUGUGUUUGUGUAUGUUAACCAGUACCCACUGUGCCAGCUUCCCUCUUUCAGUUCCUUUCUGCAGAAUAUUUGCUGCCCAGAAAUUCUGUCCAUCAGCGCUUUGCUUUCUUAGGCACUGAGCAUGCACACACACACACACACACACACACUCUGCUACAUCUGCUGUGUUGUAUACGCUUUAUAGUUUUAACCCUGAAAAAUCCCUAAAAAUAAUGAGGACAUUAUGCAGUUUUACACUGUAAAUGCAGUAUAAUAACUCGUCCUGUCUUUUGUCUGUCACCAUGUUUUUUCCGUCUCGUGUUUUUCUAGUCAUGUUCUCUCCAGCACAUGCCCCUCUUUGUGUUCUCCUUGCUCCGCCCUUGUUAUCUGUGCUCCCACGUGUGUCAUUUGUAGCUCUGCCCCCUCGUCACCUGUCCCCAGGUGUUUCCUGUUUCCUGCUACUUCCAUGUGUGUAUAUAGUUCCUUUGUCUCGGUUUCCCUUGUCGGUCGUUGUUAAAGUUUUUAUUUUAUUGUUUAUUUGUUUGUUUGUGUCUGUUUUUGUUAAUAAAUACUCACAAUUGUGUCCGCAUCCGCAUCUCCCUUGCUGCAAACCUGACACAGAUUUAGCAGCUAAGUUUGAUAAAAAAAACACAAAAAUGAAAAUAUCCUUUGAAAUAUAUACUAUUAGUUGUUUUUGUUUUAUUUAAGUAAACAUUAAAGUGAUUUAAAUAUUUGUUAUGUAGUUUAAAUUAUUGUCUUGUUGGUAUUGUCAUUAUGCAGUAUGCUUUAGCAUUAAUGAAGUAAUAAAGUAUAAUUAAAUUGUAAA